AUGGAGAAAGAAAUCACUUUCUUUGUCUUCGACCAGUCGCCGAGCAUGGCAUCCAAAUUGGACGCCUGCUUAGACUUGGCACUUGGGCUGAUUCUACGCAGCGCCAUGCGUGGCAAGAAGACCGAUCUCUUUGGCAUCGCCAAGCUCCAUGACAAACACACAGAUAACCCUAUGGACACGAUCAGCCCCGGAAACUGGAACAACUGUGUUCUUGAGGGCCCGGAGCACUACGACUGGGACCGCAUGGCGCGAUUGAAGGACGUUGUCAGAAUCAAUGCAGACCCUGUGGACGAGCUGGAGGUAGACUUGCCGCGGUCACUGGCCAUCGUUCUGCAGAAGAUCAUGGAGAUGAACCCGAAAAAGACAAAAAAAGAGAAGUACACCAUCUAUGUCAUGUCAGAUAUGCAAAAUCCAACCAAUUGGGAUCAGCUCACUGAGCUCGUGAGCACCGCUGCCAUCGGCUACAACGCCCUAAUUACGAUAGUAAGCUGCAUGGCCGAAACAGAGGCCGAGAGCAACGUGGUGUCUGCCAAUCUUGACCAGAUCGACGAACUGAUGGCUCGGCUGCAGAAGAGCAACGGUCGUGCCUCGCUGUCAUAUUUCUGCGGCCUGGAGCAGUUCCGCGACCUGCUACGCUGGGAAAAGGAGCCUGUGCGAAUAUACCGUGCUGCGCGAUUGUUUACGGGCGAGGUCAGGAUGGGGUGCGACUUGUACAGUCUGGACCUGAAGAACUGUGCGUCAGCGCUCCGAUUGGACAAGAAAGAGCUGAAAUUGUACGCUGGUGACUACGAUCCGGUCUCCGAUGCUCUGACCGUCAAAUUCCAGGCUGACGCUUAUCCGCUAACAAAGAGCCAGAAAAUGCAGUUUACUCACGAAAUGGGCAUCCACCAAGACCCCGACUCGGACACUCGCCAUCUGGUCGAGCUCAAACAUACCACGGACAAGUACGUUACCUUCGAACCGGAUAGCCAGUCGACAGAGCCGCGGUUUCUGGACGCGACAGAGGUCCAAGAGGCAUAUCGCUACGGCUCGUCGACGGUGCCGGUCACUUCGUCGCUGAAGCAGCUGCUGAAUAUCAACACGUAUGCCGGGCUCGACAUUUUACAAUUUGUGCGUCGCAAAAGUAUUCCGCCGUGGUAUUUCCACGGAGAAGCCGAAAUUCUGCUAAAUAACCAGAACAGCUCAGUGCGCGACCAGUUCGGGUUCAACAUGCUUGCACAGGCGCUGCUGGAGCACGAUUUGGUGGCGAUAGUGCGCUACGUCAAGCGGAACGCAGGUACCGCGCGUUUGGCAGCAAUGAGCCCGUGCAUCGUGCUGACGGACGCUACAAAGUACAAGCACGAGCUGCAGACGGGCGACAAGCGCAAGCUGGAGGAGAUGGACGGUGAGCCCGACCAUUACGGGUUUUCCCUGGUCGCGCUUCCGUUUGCCGAGGAUGAGCGGUUGUCGACGUUUGCGAAGCUGAGCGGGGUGGCUGAAAGCAAUGGCGGGGAUAAUUUGGGCAGCGAGAAUUUUCCAAGUGAGCAGAUGUUGCAGGAGAUGGGCCAGCUGGUGGAUCUGAUGGAUUUGGACGGACCGGGCAGCUUGAAAAAACCGGAAGAUCACCGGUUUGUGGAACUGAACGACCCAGAAUCGUUCCCUAUUCCGACAGAGGAAAUGCUUGGUGAUGACCCAUCGAUGUUCCGUGUGAGCGAGUCCACGCGUCGGCUGUUGAGACAGAACUCGCCAAAACUGCACUAUAUUUCGCACCUGAUGCGGGAGGUGUAUUUGCGACAGCUAAAAGCAGCACAAAAAAUCGGCGAUCGCUACGAGACACUUUUUGAGACGGCCGAGAAGAUGUCUGAAGAGUACAGCCGAUUUGUGGAGGAGCUGUUUGGAAGGAAGUGCGAGUUCCGGUCGCCGGUAGAGCUAGGGGAGCAGACGGCCGAAAUCGACGCAGUUUGUAGUCGUCUGGAGCAGCUGCUUGAUAUCAAGCCGGUUCCAGAGGUUUCGGCAACUUCCAAACCGGCCAACGACCAGCGGACGCAGCCUACGAUGUCGAUCGAUGCGCUGCUUAACAGCGUGCUACCAGGAUGA